GUUAGUGAUGACACGCAUAACUUAAAAAAUGCGAAUAUUUUCCGGCCACAUCGUGAAUUGACAGUUGUUUCAUUUAAAUAUAUUCUUCUUUGCGUUAAAUACCUAGAUUUUAUAAACUCGUUGUAAAUCAUAAUGAACCAAAAGUUGCAAGGCAUGUAUGCAUCGAAUGUUCUGUUAUUCCUCAUUUUAAAUACUGCUGUGUUCGGAAUACGCGAUAUGAAGGAAUGCAAGACACUGGCAAACAAGAAGGCCAUGAGCCCAAAUGGAUUUAAUGGAUCAUUUAUUAGAACUGGGUGGCUAAUGGAGAUCUUAGUUGAAAAAGGAGAAACUGCAGCAUUUACUUGCAAUCAUAUUGGAUUCAGGGACGAUGAUCCAGCUAAAUCACCCGACGUUGAACUGCAUUGGUUUCAUGGAACAGAAGAAAUAUUGCCAAAUGAACGAAUAAAGAUAAUGGGAUGUAACAAGAGGCCUUUCAUUUUGGGGACUAGGAUGUUCAUAGAAAACGUUACUAUCACGGACGUUGGAAAAUAUCAUUGUAAAUUAUGGCUCAAAGGAGGAUAUCCAAAUGAUCAAAUUGUAUUUGAAGAAGAUAUGACGUUACGAAUAAAAAGUUAUCGACCGACGGGUGAUAUCGACUUGACUACAAAUUCAUCUCAUUUAGAACAUCUUCAGGGUUCGCGAGCAAUGCCUGUUUGGAUCGUCUAUAUCGCAGUUGUGUCAUCUUUUCUGAUAGUUAUAACCAUUUCAAUAUACUGUUGUGUCUACUUAAGUAUUCCAGAUUCGAAAAAUUCACAAACAACUUGUUUACGAUACAUCUGCAAGAAAUUGCUAGGAUUUUCAAGAAAAAACAAAAGCGACGAAGAAGCAGAACUAGCUGUUUACUAUACAAACUCAACGGAGUCGAAAGAGCAUGAAGUACUAACUGAAAAAGAUUUGGAAUUGUUUUGUACAAAAUAUUCUUCUGUUUUUCCGUUUCUGACUGAGAGUGACGUCGAGGAAAUUUUCAAGAUGGAGAUUUCCAGGGAAAGACUUCAUUGCAAUCUGGAACACUCAAUGCCGAUUGUACUUGGAACCGGAAACUUUGGUCAAGUAUAUGCGGGAACAGUAACAGAUUCCAGAGGAUCAGUGACUCAUGUUGCGGUAAAGCGUUUAAACGAGGGUUACAGAACAGAAGAACUUGGAAAUUUUCUGAGGGAAGUCGUUACUUUGAUGAAAGCGGGAAGACAUGUCAACGUAAUUUCGUUGGUUGGAACAAUAGUACUGGACACACUGGAAGGCAAGACAUCCGACAGAAGCUUGAAAGUUCAAAGACCACCCAUACUAGUCAUGGAGCUUGCCACUGGAGGGAACCUAAGAAAAUUUUUACACGACAACAGAUUUAGCUUCACACCGUCUCAAAUUUCUCGAUUGGAAUUCGAGAAAGAUGAUUUCCAGAUAGACAUGGAAACUCUUCUGUCAUUUGGCCACCAGAUAUCCAAAGGAAUGGAGCAUCUCUCAAAUAAAAAUAUCUUACAUCGGGACUUGGCGGCUCGCAACGUUCUACUUACAGAAGACUUGGUGGUUAAGAUAGCUGAUUUUGGAUUAUCGAAAUUUAUGACAGAUGAAAAGCAGUAUUACAGAGUUAAUAACCACGGUAUUACUCCAGCAAAAUGGACUGCUCCUGAGUCGCUGUGGACCAGCAGAUUUACGGUUAAAUCUGACGUGUGGUCUUAUGGAGUUCUUUUGUGGGAGAUAUUGACUCUUGGGAAUCAGCCAUACGCAACUGUUCCUGCGUGUAAAUUAUAUGAAUAUCUUACUACAGGAAAUAGAUUGAAGCGGCCGAACCUGGCCUCGUUUGAAUUAUACGAAAUCAUGCUCAUGUGCUGGUCAUGGGACCCAAAAGAGAGGCCAGAUUUUACGAUUCUCUCCCAAAUGAUGAAACGCAUUUUGGUUGCUGUUUCUAACCAACCCUACAUCGAAUUUGCAAAUGCGAGAAGUCGUCUUACAGCAUAUUCAACAGAGCGUGACUCGGGGUUAUCUUGUGGAAAUAGUUCAAUGACAGAAACAGAGUCUUUUGAUUCCAUGAGUGAACGGACGUAUAGCGCAACAUCGUGUGACACUUACACAAGUACGGAAACAGUAAUCGCUAAACAACAACAGCAACAACGUUAUUCUGCCGGCAUCGUUUAUGAAAUCAUGAAUCCACUUUAUGAAAAUCAGUCAACUGAAAGCAUCGGUAACAGAUGAUUACAAUACUGUUUAUAAGUAACGUCACCAGAAUACGUAAACGAAGCAAAUCACGCAAAGAAGAUGACAGAUCCAAGUCCAUCUUGAACGCAGUAUGGAAAGUAUUCCAACUCGAAUAGUUGGCGACAAUGUGAAAAGCACCAAAUCCAUCCUCGUUAUACCACUGCAAAGCAACUUGAGACAAAGCACAACUUCCAUAAUCAUAUAAGCAACAUACGGUCUCAGUCUACCUCCAAACGAUGUUGUUCUAUUGUGAUAAAGACUUUGAUGAACAGAAAAUUGAUUUUGUUUUGCUCGAACUGUUCGUAGUCUGCUUCUUAUUUUUCGAUUGAAUUGAAUUAUGUUCAAUGCUCAUGCUCAAAUUUCGCCAUUUCAAAAAUAGUAGCUAUUUUACAUACACAUCAGUAGGGGCCGUGUUCGAAGCUGAAAUGCAAAGCGUGGGAUGUCAGAAAUAUCUCCAAAUCCAAAGUUUUUCAUUAUACAUUGUGCUGUAUAUAAUUGUACGCCACUAAAUUUUUACAUUUCAUCCCACACUAAACACAUUAGAGAGCUUCUUUAAAUUAUUCAACUGAAUAAAACAUUAUACAUAUGUUUAAACCGUUCGAUGUAUCACGACAUCCUUGGUUAGGUGUUGUUGUUGUUAUAUGUUUUAUGGCGCUUAUAGCUUCAGUGGUCUUUUGCGCCAUUGAUCAAUUCAAAUUUAAAAAUACUAUACUAACAUAUAAUACAAUAUUUACUAAUAUAUAACUAUACAAUUGAAUCAAUUGCAAUAAGUAAUUAUUUCUAAACAUUUCUGCCCGUAGAUAAAACAAAUUCGAUAACAGUUUCAAUAAUGUCCAUGUUACUAAGCACUUCUUCCAAAGUCAUUUGCAGUUUAAGUUUUCUGGCUUUGCUAAUGACUGGGCUCCUUUGAUGAUUAUAUCGUUGACAAUGCAAUAGGUAGUGGGCUACGGUCUCGGGUACGAAACACUGUUCACAAAAUCCGUCAGAAUGACAGCCAAUUUUAUGUAGAUGUGCAUUCAGGGCACAAUGACCACUUUGCAGUCGGAAUAAAAGAACUUGAUAUUUACGUGA